UUUGUUUACAUUCUCUUUCAUCGAAAGUUUCUUGUGCCGGUCUCCUCACGCAGUGCAAAAUAUGUCGAAAAUCCUGAAAGAAUGUAUUUUAAAACCCAUUUCUUCCGAACAUCCAGCCAUUCGCAUCAAUACGGAGCAAACGAUGGUUGGCCGCAGUCCGGAAACUUUAAUACAGGAUGCGAACUGUUCACGAAAGCAAGUAUGUCUGAAGGCGAAUCUAAAGGGUGGAUACGUGCUGGUUAAGCCACUUGGCUUAAAUCCAUCUGUGCUGAAUGGUCAGGAGCUGCAAAGGAACGUUGGGUACGAAGCGGUACAUGGCGAUACAAUCGAGCUGCUGCCAGGAAUGUACAAGUACGUGUUUGAGUUCAUUUACGAACCGACGGCAAGCCCGCAAGACUCAUCAUUGCCUAAAAGCAAACAAAACACCGGUGAAUCUAGCACAGAUUGGAAUCAUUCACAUCGCAAUAGUACCAGCAGCACCACGGGUAGCAGCAAACGAUCGCGAGACGAAGGUUCACCCAGUGAAGCUUCGUCGAAACGCUCCAAGAGCCGUACAGAACCAUCCCCAUCGGUAAAAGAGGAAUCCAAACCUAAACCUUCGUUGUCGCCCAGUACGGAAGACAAAUGGGAAUCGUUGGACGAUAAACUGCUUCACAUCUACACCAGUGCCGGUGUGUUGGCAUCGGAAAAGAUAGCUGCCUACGAUAUGGAUGGGACGCUUAUAAAGACGAAAUCGGGCAAUGUGUUCCCCAAAUCAAUCGACGAUUGGCAGAUCGCAUUUGCGGAGGUACCGGGCAAACUAAAGUCAUUGCAUCGGAACGGUUUCAAGUUGGUGAUUUUCACAAACCAAGCCGGUAUUGGUAAGGGAAAGUUGCGUAUCGAAGACUUUCGCCAAAAGAUCGAAGCGCUGGUGCGCAAGCUGUCCGUCCCGAUGCAGGUAUUCAUUUCUACCGGGUCAGGAAAAUAUCGAAAACCACGCACGGGCAUGUGGCAAACACUGUGCGACAGUAAAAACGCCGGUGUACCCAUCGAUCGAGCGCGUAGCUUCUACGUGGGCGAUGCAGCCGGUCGGCCAGAGCUGAAAAAACCCGUCAAACGAAAGAAGGAUCAUUCCUGUGCCGAUCGCCUAAUGGCGAUAAACGUUGGCAUUAGCUUCCUGACGCCGGAGCAACAUUUCCAAAAUUUGCCCGAUUCGUCCUGGACGAAACCGGAGUUUGAUCCGAAGGCAGUUUGUAGUUUGGCGGUGAAAGAAUCGUUACUCUCACCUGCCGGAACGUUGCUAACCAGUCCGGGUCAGGAGGUGAUCCUGAUGGUUGGUUUCCCAGGCUCCGGUAAAAGUCACUUCGCCCGUAAUCAUCUCGCACCGAAGGGCUACGAGGUGAUUAAUCGCGACACGCUCGGUUCGUGGCAGAAGUGUGUAACGCAUAUGGAGACGUGCCUCAGGCAAGGCAAAAGUGUCGUCAUUGACAAUUUGAGCCCGGAUGUGGAAAGUCGCAAGCGGUACGUGCUGGUGGCAAAUCGUUCGAAAAUCCCUGUGCGCUGCUUCUUGAUGGAUGUCAGUUACCAACAUGCACGCCACAACAACCAAUUUCGAGAGAUGACUGACCGUUCCCAUUCUACAAUCUCGGAAAUGGUGUUUAAUUCUUACAAAUCGAAAUUUCAACAGCCAACCCAAGCGGAAGGAUUCACCGAAAUUGUAAAGGUUAAAUUUGUGCCGAAUUUUAUUACCAAAAGCCAUGAAGAACUUUACCGGAUGUUUUUACUGGAUAAAUAGAGAGCAAAUGGAAUGAAAAGUUUGCAUCAUAAUUUGUUACGUUUACAGUAGCUUCUACCUACAGUUUAUUGAUUUCUUUUGAAAUAGAAUCAAACAGACAUUUCUACAAAUAAUUAGGGAUAUAAAAUUGCGUGUUUGAAUAUAAAAUUAAGAAUAAAAACAAUAUGCUAUUUUCAUCACAAAAUCAAAGAUCAAUCAUUUAGAGAAGAAAUGCAAUACAGUAGAACGUCGAUUAUCCGGGGUACUCGGGACCGUAAUGAUGCCGGUUAAUCGAUUUUCCCGGAUAAUAGUCCCUUAAAUAUCCAGGCUGUAUAUAAAUACAGUGGAGCGUAGAUUAUCCGGGUACCUUUUAUCCGGCUGUCCCAUUAUCCGUGCAGCUCGGAAAUGACAGUUCCGAAGGAGAAUUGACAUAUAAAAUGCAAAACCGAUGAUGGCAAGAAAUAAAAGCUUCAGUAGAGAAUGGUAUAAUUUGAAAAAACACAGAACAGAUUUACUAUGCAAAGUGUAAGUAAGAAAAUUAACGUCUAGCUUUUUAGAAAAAAAAUUCUACCCAUUACACACUAAACACUAAUAUUUAUUAAUAAAAAGAGUUGUGCCUAUUAUCCGUGAUAUCCGCUUAUUCGGCAAGGAC